UGCGCGGAGGAGUGAGACCGGCCUUGCUCGCCGGAGAAAACAAACUGCGCGGAUAACAGAGGCAGCACGCGGCGCAGAGAGAGAGAGGGAGGGAGAGACUCCACUGCAUUACUGUUGUUUUCCGUGCACUUGGGAUUACAAACAAGAAAGGUUGGUGUGAAGCACACAGCAUGACUAAGACGCCUCCUCACAGGCGAGGGAUCACGUUCGAGGUGGGGGCGGCGUUGGAGGCCCGGGACAGUCUGAAGAACUGGUAUGCUGCCAGCAUUGAGAAGAUCGACUACGAGGAUGAGAAGGUCCUGAUUCAUUACAGACAGUGGAGUCAUCGCUAUGACGAGUGGUUCGACUGGAGCAGCCCUUACCUACGGCCUGUGGAACGAAUCCAGCUGCGGAGGCAGGGCCUGCAGGAGCACAACAUGGCCCCGGUGACUGCUUACUCUCGAAAAGGUUUUCAAAUCAACCAGAAAGUUUUAGCCAGCUGGUCAGAUUGUCGCUACUAUCCAGCGAAGAUCCUCUCCCGUGAUAAAGAUGAUUCCUACACAGUGAAGUUUUUUGACGGCGUUAUUAAGACUGUGAAAGGGAUAAAGAUCAAGCCGUUCAGAAAGGAGAACACGAGCAACAAGCCGGGGCAGCCUAGCCGAAAGCGGACAGCAGGAAAAAACUGCAAGACCAAAGAGAACGGUAGAAACCAACAGGAUGGCGAGAGCGAAUCGGAGGAAGAAGACUCCAAAGGGACAGAGAAGUGUGCCAAGCUUCAGGACAACCUGCUGGCCAAAACGGAGCCGUCCGAGAUGCCGAACGGUCACCAAGCGCAGGAGAAACCGUCCGGCGAAGAGCUGAAGACGGAAACGCAGGACAACGGAGGAGGGGAAGCGAUGGAGAUCAACAGAGAUGGAGACGAGGAGAAAGUUGACGGAACGCUUCAGAAUGGCGCCCAUGAGAGCUGCGGAGAGGGACAAGAGAAAGAUGAGAGAGACAAAGAGGAUGCUCUCGGUCAAAACAGGAAAACCAGAGGCAAAGUAGCAGAGGGGAAAGACGCGGAACGGGCCAGCGCUCCAGAGCUGAGGAAAAGACGUGCGUCCACAGGACAAACUCCACCAUCCAAGAGGAGCAGAGCCAAUACUACAGACAGAAGCAAUCGAUCGCAGGUCAGACCGGCUAGAUCAGAUUCUGUCCCAGAAAGCUUCAGUGAUAAGGAAGGUCUCUGUAAGACGGGUCUUCUGGAGAGCCCCAACCCUAUCGCACAGACAGCGUCUUCUCCUGAUCUCGCCACACUGCUGCAACGACAAGUCCACCUCCCAACCACCAAUAAGUACAGCAGGGAACCAUUGUACAGGGUCAUCAAGAACCAGCCGCCGCCCAUCCUCUCCAUUGAACUGGACCACAACCCGUUCAAGUGCCAGGUGCCAGGCUGCACCAAGUCUUUCCGCAAGGCGUCUCUGCUGCACUAUCACAUGAAGUAUUACCACUCUGAGAGCGAGCUGUGCUCUUCACACAGCACCCACACACACGCCUCCGAACCUCAGGCCCAGGAGAGCCACACACACACCUCCGAGACGCCCCGUAGACGCCGCACCGUUUCUGCAUCACUAGACACUCCGUCCCCGCUAAGUGACAGUAAAUCCAGUCACACCCCGUCACCCCAUACUGCGAACGGUGUGCAUCGUCAGCGCAGCUCCUCCCACUGCGAGAGGAGCAAAGAGAACCAGCACACCAACCGCACGCUCCAUGACGACAGAGACUGGGUCACCAUGGAAACAGAACGAGAGAAAAGGCGAGAGAAGAAGCAGAGGGACUUCUGCAUCAAGCCAAAAAAGAAGAAAAAGAAGAAAAAGAGGUCCAAGUCAGAAUCUCACAGCAGUGAUAAGAGCAAUGGCUUUAGCUCGUACCCCUGCAAUCCAAAUCAGUCUCUCAAAUUGCCCCUCUCCCACAAACACCGCGCCUACGCCGCACACUUCCCUGAACCAGAGCUCGAUGAUGGCGAAGACAGUGGCAGCGACUGGUCGACAGACAGCCCUCUGUGGAGCGAGGAGGAGUCGGAGACGGGGCUCGAUCUGAACACGCCUUUCUCUGAGCAGGGGGUGGAGACGGUGGGUCAUGACUCAGAGAUAGUGCGCUGUGUGUGCGAGGUGCAGGAGGAGAACGACUUCAUGAUCCAGUGUGAUGAGUGUUUAUGCUGGCAGCAUGGCACAUGCAUGGGUCUGUAUGAGGACAGCGUCCCUGACACCUACAGCUGCUACAUCUGCAGGGACCCACCUGCUCAGAGACAGAGUCAGCGCUACUGGUAUGAUAAGGACUGGCUCAGCAGCGGUCACAUGUAUGGCCUGCCCUUCUUAGAAGAAAACUACUCUCAUCAGAACGGCAAGAAAAUGGCAGCCACCCACCAGCUCCUGGGCGACGUGCACCGCGUGUUUGAAGUGCUUAACGGCCUCCAGCUCAAAAUGAGCAUACUGCAGGCUCAGGCUCACCCAGACCUGAAACUGUGGCGACAGCCCUGGAAGCCCUCUGAUGGCAUUCUCAGGAAGGGGGCGAUGCAUUCCGGCAUGACCACGCCCUCUCCCUCGUCCCCUCGCCCGGCGGAUUCCACCGAUGCCGAGCAGGUCAAUUCCAAACAGCCCGUGCCUCCGGUCUGCUCUUUCCAGACGUCUUACAUCAGCAGCGAGCACUGCUACCAAAAGCCACACGCGUAUUAUCCUGCGCUGGAGCAGCGACUGGUGGUGGAGACGCGCAGCACCGAAGAGCUUCUGGAGCUCGAGACGCGCAAACUGCAGCUGACCAACGCUAAGGAGUUGGAGUGUCGCAUGAAGCUGCUGGCGGCGGCCGAAAGAGACAAGAGCUGCGUGACCCAGGUGAAGGAAGAAGAGCCCGACGCAGUGAUCUGUGACUCCAAACCUGACCCCGACCUCCUGCUACACCAGCAGUGGCAGCUGAACCUGCUGGAGCACAUCGAGGCUGUGCAGGAGGAGGUCAGCCACAGGAUGGACCUCAUAGAGAGGGAGCUGGAUGUUUUAGAAAGUUGGCUGGACUACACAGGUGAGCUGGAGCCUCCAGACCCUCUGGCACGUCUCCCUCAGCUUAAACACCGCAUCAGACAGCUACUGACAGACCUGGGAACAGUGCAGCAGAUUGCGUUGUGUUCGACAUCCACGUGAGGGCGUCGGAGCACACCGAUCUCCUCAGAAACCGAGAGGAGAGGUGGAAUUUGCAAAAGAGAAACUUGAACCUGAACUCAAGCAGAAGUGCUAUUAGUGCUGUGGAGGGAAAACUGCAAAGCCAAAACAAACCAACCCAUGACCGAAUCAAGAAGAGAGAAAUUACUUGAAUGUUUAUUAUGUUAAAAGAUUUGAAUGUACUUCAGGGUUGUGGUUCUGUAAGUCUGGGCAUAAACUAUGCCUUUUUUUGUGUUGGAAGAACUGUAAUGUUUAUGGCAUUACAUGCAAGGGAUUUUGAAUAAGAGACAAAUUUUUAAGCACUUAUCAUCGUAAAGUUCUAUUUUUUAUUUUGGUCGGUUGAUUUGUUUUUUUUUCUCCACUUUGUUGCUAAUGUUAUGCAAAACCACCUUUUCGUACGUGACCUACUCGUCAAGAACUGUUCGAAUAUUCGACUUCGUCUUCAGACGAAGAGACUCCGAGGCAGCGACUGUGGUUUUUGUAGCUGUUAAAGUAAACAUCCAGAUGUUUAAAGGAACAUAUAUUUUAAUCUCAAAGUACUUGCAUCUUGCUUUUAUAUUUGUAUUAAAUAGACAAUGUAAAUUGCCUACAUGUAAACUUUAAUUCUUGUUUCAGGUCGUUCUUUUCUGUUUAAUCUGAGCUGUAUUGUCACCGAGUCUUCAUUCAUAACAACAAUGAUGAUGAUAAUAAUAAUAAGUUUACCUUCAUCCCUUGUACAUUCUGCAGUACUGUUCCACUCAUGUCUGCCUCGGUUUUUGGACGUGAUCGCUUGUGUUUGUUUCCUAUGAAUGCAAAUGUUGUUCCUGCAUUAUCCACGUAUUCAACAAGCACAAAAGGGUAUCAUAUUUAAUUAUUAUUUUUAAUUUUUCCACAAGCUCUUGCAGCAUACUGUACUGAUAUUUACGUUGUUUUCUUUCCCCUGGUUUCCUUUUUGCGGCACUAUUUGCCUUUUUAACUUAUUGUAAUUGAGAUUAACUUAUUGAUUUUUAAACAAAAAUAUAUAUAUAAAAUAACCCCACACUCGGUGUGUACGAGUCUAUAGGCCAAGUUGUUGCCAGUGUGUGCACGUGCGUGAAAGGAGCAGAUGGGUCCCUCAGUGUGUAUUCGGCGAGAGCAUAACAUGUCUUUCAACAAGUGUUUAAUUUGAAAUCCCAUUCUUAACCUACACCCAAUAGACAAGCACAUAUACCUGUCUUCAGUUUAGUUUCCGAUCCUAAACUAAAGGAAACCGGCGUUCAUGUUUUCUCAAACCUUCCGCUUUUCUUUGUGUAGCCAGUGACCUUGUAUGCGGCCUGUACUUUCACUUUGCUGUGCAUUGUGUUGCACGUCUGCCCCUCUUGCAUCAACAGUCACUGGAUGGACAGUAGUCGGACAUAAUUAUUUUUAGAUUUUUUUUUUUAAAGUGCUUUGUGUGACGUCAGAGUUCUUCUGGACUUCUCAAUUAAAAAGCCCUUCUCCAAAAAUGCCAUGGAAACCGGAGAAAUUCUUUGUUGAGCAUUAUAAUUCAUUAGUCAAAAAAAAUAAUAAAACAAAAAAUACAUUUAUCCUUUGA